GAUUACGACCCCAAGAAGGAAGCCCUAGUCGAGGAGGACCCGUUUGGAAAUGAAGAUGGCGCGUCGGUCAAGUAUCAUAUUAUGAAGUGGUGGCAAUGUGGAAUGCUAAUGAUUGCUGAAAACAUCUCUCUGGGGAUUCUAUCACUCCCUUCAGCCGUUGCAACGCUUGGAAUUGUCCCGGCUUUACUUCUCAUCUUGGGUCUAUCAGGUAUAACAUGGUAUACCGGAUACAUCCUAAAUCAAUUUAAACUCCGAUACCCACAUGUUCAUAGCAUGGGUGAUGCGGGUGAGCUGCUUAUGGGUCGAUUUGGACGCGAAUUCCUGGGCCUCGGGCAGCUACUAUUCUUGACCUUCAUCAUGGCUAGCCAUUUGUUAACGUUCACCGUCGUGAUGAACGAAUUAACCGACCACGGGGCUUGUACUAUUGCCUUUGGCAUAGUCGGACUGGUAAUUAGUUUUAUCGGAGCCCUGCCGCGAACGAUGGAUAAGGUCUACUUGAUCUCGAUCGCAUCCUUUGCUAGUAUUCUCACAGCGAUCAUCGUGGCGAUGAUUGCAAUCGGCGUCCAAGCCCCAGCACACGUGGCCGUCGACAUUACUACCGAUACAACCUUCGUCAAGGCAUUCCUGUCGACUACGAAUAUCGUCUUUGCAUUCGCUGCUCAUGUGGCAUUUUUCGGCUUCAUGUCGGAAAUGGAAGACGCUCGCGAGUUCCCCAAAUCUCUCGCUAUGAUGCAAAUCUCCCAAACCACUUUAUAUGUGAUCACCUCGAUCGUGAUAUACUGCUAUGCAGGGCCGGAUGUUUUGUCUCCUGCCUUGGGCUCCGCGGGCCCUGUUAUGAAAAAGGUCGGAUACGGACUUGCUAUUCCAACUGUGGUUUUCUCCGGAGUGGUUCUGGGUCAUGUUGCCUGCAAAUACACCUACGUGCGUAUCUUCCGGGGCACGUCUUAUAUGCAUGAGAAGAGUCUUGUCUCGAUUGGUGCAUGGGUUGCCAUUGCGUUCGUCACAUGGACGGUCGCAUGGGUGAUCAUGGAAUCGAUUCCAGUGUUCAACGACCUCCUAAGUCUCAUUAGUGCCCUUUUCGGAAGUUGGUUUAGCUAUGGCUUGCCUGCAAUCUUCUGGCUAGCAAUGAACCGGGGAGUAUGGUUCUCUUCGUUCAAAAAGACAUGCCUGACGAUUCUGAACCUGGCCAUUUUGGCAAUCGCCUGCGCGAUCUGUGGCCUAGGCCUCUACGUAUCGGGGAAAUCAAUCCACGACGACUCGAAAGGCGGCAGCUGGUCAUGUGCAAAUAACGCCUAACGGAACCAAACCAGCGUAGAAUAAAAUUAAUACAUAGCAUAAACGGAGUACAAUGGGACUGACAUU